GGAGGGGCCUGGGAAAGGAUGGUGCGAUCAGUUAGAAAGGUUCUGGCUCCAAUGCUGUGUGAGUUUGGAGAUAGAAUUGAGGACGAGUCAUUCAGAACCUUGAUGUGUGAAGUUGAAGAGAUAAUCAACUCAAGACCUCUGACAACACCUUCCAGUGAUCCCAGAGACCUCACUCCAUUGUCACCAAAUCAUCUGCUAAAGAUGAAGUCCAACGUAUAUGUAGCUCCUCCUGGACAGUUUCAACGAGACGAUAUGUACAUGCGUCGGCGAUGGCGCAGAAUCCAGUAUCUUGCCAACGUGUUCUGGACAAGAUGGAAAAAGGAGUAUCUGCUCUCUCUACAAGAACGCCAGAAGUGGAAUACACCUCAACGCAAUCUGAUGAUCAACGACAUUGUGCUCGUCAAAGAUGACAAUCUCCAUAGAUCCUGCUGGUCUAUGGGACGUGUGAUCAGUGUAGAGGCCGAUAAAGAUGGCUUUAUCCGCAGUGUUCAGAUAAAGACUCUGAACUCUGAACUACGUCGACCAGUGACCAAACUUGUUUUGCUGGUACCAAGUGAAAAGUGAACUAAUCAGUGUUUAAUUGACAUUGCAGUUAUGUGAUUCAGAGACUCUAAAAGACAAUUGAUUGGAAUGGUUGAUUAUUUAUAUUCUGCAUUUAGUAGUUAGGUUAAACAUGUAUGUUUAAGAGGCCGAGUAUGUAAAUGCAGAAAUGGUGUUUUUCAUCUGUUUCAAGAGUUUUGUUUAAAGUUCAUUUUCUAUAUUUUGGUAAUGGUUUAAGUUUCAUUUAUUUUUAAAAAACAAAGUUUUUCUUAGUUAAAUAUUUGGUCCACUUAAAGUCAUCUUCAUUUGAACCUCCUCACUUUGGCUUAGUGGAUAAAGUGUUUGGUCAUAAUAUGUCACAUGACCUUUGAAAGCUAGACAUUGUGAGUUCAAAUCCCCAUUUCUCAAUAAACUUUUGCAGAUAAAUUAAUUACUUGUUUACAGCCUCAAUUCCAUUUCAAGUCACAUGAUCUAAAAAGCACAUGUUCCCCACACAAUCAGUCAAAUCUCCAUCUUGUUAGGACCACGGUUACAUUCUCUAAAGUGUAAAGCAACACAAAUUUUUCUGAACCUCACCCACCAACGUAUUCAACGUAAACAAUGUAAACAAAGAUAGUCGUCUUAUAACGAGACUGAAAUUGCCUCAUUAUAACGCCUUAGAACGUAAACAUAGUUUGAAGUUGUAUUUUGAGUCGUCUUUACCGUUCAACGUCAGCUGUUCAAUUCAACUCCUUCACCAACGAUUAUAUCUGAAUGGAUAUUGUUCAACGUUUGUACUGAACCUUGUGAUUAACGCUCAACAUCAUGUAAUAAAAUUCCCUGUGGGUGCGA